GCUUGCCACUACAAGUUCCAGGUCAACGCGUUCACAUGCCGGUUCACGCCGCGCUUGUGGAGCAACAGCAUCGUUCGGUACUUGGCCAUCCAAAUCGGGGAUGACAUCAUCUACGUGAACGACACCAACGUGGGGGGCAGCGGCAUCAACCUGGUGGAGCCAUCGGACUUCAGCUUCCCCUCCAGUGGGAUCACCAUUCAGAGCCCGGACCGUUGCUUCCGACUGGCCGUGAAUCAGAAGCCCCUGGACGGAGGCGCUCGCUGGUACCACAACGUGAAACUUCGCGUGAUCAGCGACGCAGUGGAGCAGGACGGCAUCUGUGGCUCCACAGACUUGCUUGGUCAGCUUGUGGACGCUAGCGGCGGCGGCAAUGCUGACACGAUUUUCACGGAUGAGCAGCUGGAUGAGAUGUGCAAUGCGUGCAGGGAACCUGGUGCACCGCCCCCUCUCGGUUGUCCUGGUGGCCCCACCAACAGUCCUGGCUGCGAUUUCCUUAGGGAAUCCACCAACCUGAACAGUUUCGAGUGCACCCCGGACCUGCUUCCACAAACUGCGGAUGGUCCAGACCCAAGCAACCUGACCCUCUACAAUGAGCUCACGAACGAUGGAGACUACUGCGUCGCAUAUGUGAAGGUGAAGGGCCCGGGCUCCAGUCCAAACUGCGACGUCUACUGCAAGGACAUUGGCUCGACGUGUGUGGGCGUGUGGGACCAGCUUAGCGACACGACCUGCAACCUGGAUCCUGUGAAUGUGACAGAAUUGAGGCGGGCCAGUUGCACAAACAGGGCGAAGCUCAUGGACAUGAUCUGCAUUUGCGACAAGCCUCCUGCGGACAACCCACUCCCUGGGCCGGGGCCGGAAAGGGUUUGCGGAGAUGAUCAAAGCCUUGUCGAUGCCAAGGAGCUUUGCCGAAUUUGCCUUCCCAAUGCAGAGCUGCUGGACAACCCGGUCUCCGAGGAAGAUGCGCGCUUUCGGUCCUGCAUCAUCGAUGUUUGCUCACUUCCAGCCUCAGCAUCCGAAGAUGACAAGAAGGCCAUGGUCGAAAACAUGUGCGAGAACGAUCCGGAGCUUCCACCCGACGGAGACCAGGUCUGCUCCGCAGGAGGGUUCUGUGAUGCCAUUUGCGGUGGCAGUCUCCUGUUCCCGUCCCUGGACGUCAGCGCCUGCAGGAGCGCCUGCGAGCCGAUUUUCGAGUUGAAGGUGAGCCCCGGGCUGCGGGGCUUCUGUGAUUACAAGGACACCUGCACGGGCGCUGACUGCAGUGAUCCAAGCUACUACUGCCCACUACUGUGCCAGAGCCUGGAUUGUGCUCAGACUCAGGAUGGAUGCACUGCUUGCGAGCAGACCUGCAGCGACCGCUUUGAUGAUGUGGACGACAUCAUCGAGGAGUAUUGCGAUGAUUGCUACACUCCGCCCGAGCCCCCUACCGACGUUUGCGAGCGAUCUGGGUUCUGCGCAGAGUACUGCAAGAGUGCCGACGCCCUGAAGCUCGAUCCUGCUCAAUGUGACGUCGUCUGCAACAGUGAGGAUGGCUUCAGCAAAAUCAUCGGCGCAGUUGAGACAAAGGUCUGCGGGCAGUUUAUCAAUAAUAGAGCACUUCAAAUCUGCAAGUCUCGCGAUGGGUUCUGCUGGAUUCCGGGCAAGAGAUCGAAAUGCUUCAAUUCUUGCGCAGCUUCCUUGGUGGACCCCAACGGUCUGGGUGGCCUUUUCGAUCGGUACUGCGAAACCUGCCCC